GAGCAUCCACCCCUGCUGAUACAAAGCCCACCUUAGAUGUUCGCCCCUCCUUUCUACCUGCAUAGUCUGUAAUGACAUGGUAAUUGGUCUCCAGCGCGCUCCCCAGAAUCCCUGUUGAGUCGAGGGGCUCCUGGGACUACCUGUAGCCCCGCGCGGCAGACUGCAGGCAUUUCCAUUCCCAUUGUCCAGGCCCCCGGUCCGGAUAAACUUUUUCAGUGCACGCCACCCGGUGAGCGGAUCGCUGCGGUCUCCUCGUAACUGUGACACCACCUGUAGCUGGUUUAACAAAGGGUUAAGCAAGGGCGUUCCCAUUUCCCGUUUGCUCCCUCCCAGCCCCUAAUCUCUCUCACUCUCUCCUCUCUUCACGACCAAGGAGCGUAGGGGAGACUCCUAAGUGCAAAGCUAUACAUAAACAUUGGCGGUGCGAAAAUUCAGGUUAAUUGGCGCGAGGAAUUAUUCACCCAAUAUCCAGAAAAGACGACCAGGGCUGACCACUGAGAAAAGUUUGAAGAGGAUUCUUUCAGUCCAGCAAAAGCAGAUCUUUAAAGUCUCUCAAGUCACAACCCCAGCACCCGGAAUGGAGCUUCAGAAGAUGAAUGGACAUAGCAAGGAAGAUGGGUUUGAUGGGCUGGAUGCUUUGGCUGAACACGAGGAGUUUCUCCCACAUAAAACUGGCGUUAAGAAGGAAAUCCACUUUACAGAUUUCGAGGGAAAGACGUCAUUUGGCAUGUCCAUCUUUAACCUCAGUAACGCCAUAAUGGGCAGUGGAAUUCUGGGAUUGGCUUUUGCAAUGUCCAACACCGGAAUCAUUCUUUUUUUAAUCCUGUUGGUGUGCAUUGCCAUUCUUUCUGCAUACUCAAUUCAUCUCCUGCUGAGAAGUGCUGGAGUUGUUGGAAUCCGGGCUUAUGAGCAGCUUGGGAAUCGGGCUUUUGGCCCCCCAGGAAAAUUGCUGGCUGCCAGCGUUAUUACAAUACACAACAUUGGAGCAAUGUCCAGCUAUCUCUUCAUCAUCAAGUCUGAGCUCCCACUGGUUAUUAAAGCUUUCCUUCAAAACCAAGAAAACACAGGAGAAUGGUUCAUGAAUGGAAACUACUUGAUCAUCAUUGUUAGCGCUUUCAUCAUCCUUCCUCUAGCACUCAUGAAACAACUUGGUUACCUGGGCUAUACAAGUGGCUUCUCCCUCUCUUGCAUGGUGUUUUUCCUCAUUUCGGUCAUUUACAAGAAAUUCAACAUUUUGUGCCCGCUCGAUGAUACACAUCAUAAUAUGACUCCUGCUGCUGAUGACCACACUACCAUUAAUGGGACAGGCGACUUCUGUGAGGCCAAGCUAUUUACCAUCAACUCACAGACCGCGUACACCAUCCCAAUUCUGGCUUUUGCUUUUGUCUGCCACCCAGAGGUGCUACCAAUCUACACUGAACUACGAGAUGCCACCAAGAAACGAAUGCAGGGUGUUGCCAAUGUCUCCAUCUUGGCCAUGUUUGUCAUGUACCUGCUGACUGCUCUUUUCGGUUACCUCACCUUUUAUGGUGCUGUGGAGUCAGAGCUGUUACACACCUAUAUUCGCGUUGGCUCCGGGGACGUCCUCAUUCUCUGUGUGCGUCUGGCUGUGCUGGUGGCCGUCACCCUGACCGUCCCUGUGGUUCUCUUCCCAAUCCGCAGGGCUUUGCUCCAGAUCUUGUUCCCUGAUAAGCCUUUCCACUGGGUCAGACACAUUGCCAUUGCAUUUUGUCUCGUCUUCUUGGUCAACCUGCUGGUUAUCUUUGUGCCCUCCAUCCGCGACAUCUUUGGCCUCAUCGGAGCCACAUCUGCCCCCAGCCUCAUCUUCAUCCUACCUGGAAUCUUCUACAUCCGCAUUGUUCCUGAAGACCAGGAGCCUUUUCUGUCCAGACCCAAAAUUCAGGCCGCAUGCUUUGCUGCAAUGGGAUUCGUCUUUAUGAUCAUGAGUUUGUCAUUUAUCAUCACUGACUGGGUGACUGGAGAGUCCCGAAGUGGAGGUGGGCACUAGCUCCCAUGACUGAACAGAGAUACCAUGAAAAGAAUGCCAACCAAAACUCCAUGUCAUUAAAUUACCCCUUAUCUGCCGCAUUCUCAUCCAAAGCCAAACAGGAAAGUUUGGCUGCACAAGACGAAGGAUAUGUGAAGGACCUUCGCCUACAACCAGAAAAAAAAAAAAAAAGAAAGUUUUUUUGACAUGUGCUUGGGCAAACAAAAGGUCCUAUAAUGGAGGAGAGAACACAGAUGCAAGAGAAUACAAAGCAAAGUGUUCCAACUGAAUAAAACCUGAGUCACAGGUUGUUUGGAGGGGAUGUAUAAAAAAUUCAAAAGACAGGAAAAGUCUAACAGCAUAAAGGAUGAAUGGGAACAGCAUGACUCAAAUGGAAACACCAUUUUAGAGUUUGGAUGUGUAGAGUUCCCUGGAAUAGCUCAGUCACUUCCAAUAGCCUUCCAAUGUACUUCCCUACCGUCGCCGAGUUUACACGAGAGAAAUUCGAUUAGGCAGUUAUUUCCUUUUCCCAGGAGUUCGCAUUUCAUCAAACAAAAUAAGACAUUUUAGGUUGUUCAUUCAUCGGUUGCUAUAUCAAUGUGCAUUUAAAGCUGUCAAAUCUGUCGAAAUUUUAAAUUUCACUAAACCCAGCUAAAUAUGACCAGUGACGAUUAGCCUGCAGUUCCAUGCUAACCAUUCCAAUCUAUCAAAAAAAACAAUUUCAAUUAUUUGUAUAUGGAACUGAAUUAAAGUGUUUAAUGUGAUAUUUUGUUAAUAUAUUCUGACACUCAACGUAACUAUUGUAAAGGUUAUCAUCUUCAAAACUGAUCUCGAGUUGACCUUGUGAGAUUGAUCCAGCAGAUGCGUUGCAGUUUGCGGGGUUUUUGCUGCCGUUAAUGAAGGCCUAACAGAUUGUUAAUGACAAUCAGGUGCAUAGAAAGACACAGAAAAGUGAUCUCUACAAUUUUUAAGUUUCUAUAUGUCCUAUAAAACAUGCAUAGCUGCAAACCAAAGAAUAUAUUUAUUGUGUCACAUUAAAUGGGAUGCAACACUAUUUUUUUUUACCACCACGUUUGGCAAAGGCCUAUUACAAGUUGCGCGUAUAAAGAUCCAGUGUUAAAAAAUGCUUUGUCUCUUCAGCAGUCCCAGAAACUGUUCAGUAUGGUGAAUAAUGACAUAUGGAUUUAAGUUAAAAUGAAUAGAUUCUUUUUUUGUCUUUAAAAUUUGCUUUUCAUCCUGUAUAUUUUUAAAUUAAUUUGAAUGUUGUUAUCUGUCAAUAAAAUGUCUUUCAUUUGUA